AUGUGCGAGAGGCGUACGCCGCAACAGGCGAGCGGCGGUAGUCCAGGGCUAGGUACCCAGAUGCUUGCCAUGGAGGUUGCUAAGGAGGCGCGCGCGUCGCCACUGCCUGCGUCUGCGCAGACCGGGACCUCCUCACAGCCUGCCCAACCGCCCCAACCACAGCAAUCUGGCGGCGAGCGACGGCGGCGGCCCGCGGCGGAAGCCGCGUGCUGGGCUCGCACGCCCGCCGUCCGCGCCGCUCCACGCCACCCACACCUGCAACCACUAUCUUCACGCUGCCAUGUUCUCACUUACUACACCUAUAUGACGAACUGCCACAGAACGUUCUGCGUGGGUGACCGGUUCUACCUGUGCGACAACAAGAUCCUGUGCGAGUACGACUACGAGGAGCGCCUCGUAUUCGCUAACAUGGCGUACAACCCGCCGCCGCUUGCGCAUCUCAAGAGGCAGACCACGCAUCUACCACCCCCACCGACAAGCAACGCAAUGAGCGGUUUGAUGAACGGCUCGAGCCGCUCCGGUGAUCUGAACAACAACAUGUCGGGCUCGUCGCCGGCUCCAUUCGCCGCCCCGCCGCACCUCAAGCCACUCGGCCUCUCGGCGUCCAGCUGA